GCGGCUGGAGGCGAUCUGAGCUCGCAGGACGAGACACCGGGACGGACUUGGAGCCCAACCGGGGGGAGGUUCCGUCGGGCUCUGCUCCGUCUGCCCGCGGUGAUAAUGCUGCUGGGGAUGAGAUCUUUCCGGCUGGACCUGCUGCUCCUGACCUGGAUGCUGCUCGGCAGAGAAUUUGGUCUGGCCCUGGGAUUUAUGUCCAAGGACAAGUUCCGCAAGAUGUCUGAAAGUCAGUCUUCUUCCUUCACCCAACAACCGCAGGAUCAAGUGGUAGUGGCCGGGAGGCCGGUGAGUUUACCGUGUGCCAUCCCUGGUUAUCAUGGUGUCGUUCUCUGGAUCAAAGAUGGACUGGCACUAGGCGUCGGAAGAGAUCUUUCUGGCUAUCCCAGAUACUCUGUAGAGGGUGACCAUUCAUCUGGGGAACAUCAUUUAAAGAUUCAACGUGCAGAGCUCCAGGAUGAUGCAUUGUAUGAAUGCCAGGCUAUUCAGGCCGCCAUCCGAUCACGACCAGCCCGACUCACUGUCCUGGUUCCGCCAGAUGAUCCAGUAAUUAUUGGUGGUCCUAUAGUAAGCCUUCGAGCAGGAGACCCCCUGAAUUUAACGUGCCAUGCAGACAAUGCCAAACCAGCAGCAACGAUCAUCUGGAUGAGGAACGGCGAGGUUCUGAAUGGCGCAACGUACUCCAAGACUCAGUUACGGGAUGGAAAGCGGGAGAGUAUAACCAGCACGCUGUUUGUGUCGCCAUCCGACAUAGAGAAUGGGCAGACAGUCACAUGCCGAGCCACUAAUAAGGCUGUCCCAGGUGGAAAGGACACAACGGUCACCAUCAACAUCCAGCAUCCUCCGUUGGUGAAUCUCACGGUGGAGCCUCAGCCCGUCCUGGAAGAUAAUGUUGUCAAAUUUCACUGUUUUGCCAAAGCCAACCCUGCAGUGACGCAGUACCGGUGGGCAAAAGGAGGACAACUGCUGAAGGAACUGACGGAAGAAACGUAUGAGACGGUGGUCGACUACUCCUACUUCUCAGAACCGGUUUCCUGCGAGGUCACCAAUGCCCUGGGCAGCACCAACAUCAGCAGAACAGUAGAUGUUUAUUUUGGGCCUCGGAUGGCCACAGAACCGGAAUCCAUUGUUGUGGACCUCGGAUCAGAAGCCACCUUCCAUUGUGCAUGGAUUGGUAACCCCUCUCUUACCAUUGUCUGGAUGAAACGUGGUUCUGGUGUGGUCCUCAGUAAUGACAACUACCUGACACUAAAAAACGUGCGCCAAGAGGAUGCUGGGAAAUAUGUUUGCCGAGCAGUCGUACCACGAGUGGGUGCUGGCGAGAGGGAAAUCACCUUGACAGUAAAUGGUCCCCCGAUCAUCUCUAGCACCCAGACGCAACACGCCUUACACGGAGAGAAGGGGCAGAUCAAGUGUUUCAUCCGUAGCACCCCUCCCCCAGACAGGAUUGCCUGGUCAUGGAAAGAGAACGUCUUGGAAUCGGGGACUUCUGGUCGAUACACAGUAGAAACAGUCAGCACGGAUGAAGGAGUGAUAUCCACACUGAGCAUCAGCAACAUCGUGAGGGCCGAUUUCCAAACCAUAUACAACUGCACUGCAUGGAACAGCUUUGGCUCUGACACCGAGAUAAUACGGCUGAAGGAGCAAGGUCGGAACGCGCGGUCAGGAGCAAGUGUGGAACCAGAAUCUGUCCCGGUCACCGUCAUCAUUGGCGUUGCGGUCGGUGCUGGAGUGGCGUUCCUGGUCCUCAUGGCUACAAUUGUAGCAUUUUGCUGCGCUCGGAACCAGAGAAAUCUGAAAGGCGUCGUGUCUGCCAAAAAUGACAUCCGUGUGGAGAUUGUACACAAGGAGCCGACGAAUGCGAGGGAGACAGAAGAACAUUCCAGCAUCAAACAACUGAUGAUUGACAGAGGAGACUUCCAACAGGACUCCGUUCUCAAGCAGCUUGAGGUCUUGAAGGAAGAAGAAAAGGAAUUUCAGAAGGACCCAACCAACGGCUACUACAGCGUCAACACCUUCAAGGACCACCACUCAACCCCAACCAUCUCCUUAUCCAACUGCCAACCAGAUAUACGACCAGCAAAUAAGCAGCGGGUGCCUACAGGCAUGUCCUUCACCAACAUCUACAGCACACUGAGCGGCCAGAACCGCCUGUACGAUUACAGUCAGCGCUUUGUCCUCGGCAUGGGCAGCAGUUCUAUCGAGCUUUGUGAACGUGAGUUCCAGAGGGGCUCAAUGAGCGACAGCAGCUCCUUCCUGGACACUCAAUGUGACAGCAGUGUCAGCAGCAGCGGGAAGCAAGAUGGCUAUGUUCAGUUCGACAAGUCCAGCAAAGCGUCUGCUUCCUCGUCCCACUACUCCCAGUCGUCCUCUCAAAACUCGGACCCGAGCCGGCCACUUCAGAGGAGAAUGCAGACACAUGUGUGACAAUGGGCCUUAUGUGAAAUGCAUUGGAGGUAGGAGGAGAAGGACGUUCAGCAGUAGUUAAGGCUUAUGAGAAGGACUUCGGACAUUCUGAAGCCAGGAUAUAAGAGUUGUGUGGAGCCUCUCGAGAUAUUUAUCUAGUUUUAUAUUUAUAUGAAAAAAAGGAGAGAGGAGGAUCUCCAUACUGUACAAAGCACUUUGUUCUAUGGAGUACAACAAGCCAUGCUUCUAUUCUUUAGGUGGGGGGGAAUUAACUGUUUUAUAGACUCUAUCCCCAGAAAAACAAAAAUGUCAAAAAAACGCCAAGCUUCCAGUCAUGUGUGGAGCUGCGGCACAACAUGAAGCAGGAAUCUAGCCAUUAGUAAGCACAAUGCUGAUGAUAAAUGUGGAUAAUGGCAGGGUAGUAGAGGACACAAUGACCCUGGAGGGGGACGCCACCAGUUCAUGUAGCCAUAAGCUGCCUAUUCAUGACAAGGGGAAGUCCCAAUCUAUUCCGUGUAUCGCCCAGCAUAUAUAUAUAUAUAUAUAAAAAUGCUACAAUUAGUAGGUGAUUAAAUCUCUUAUAAAUGGUACCCAUCCCCAUUAUGCCCUAGAACUUUGUAGGAAAAUUCCCCCACGUCAGGGGAUGUGACUGUAGGAAACAAUGGAGCAGAUUUUGAUAUUUUUUUGUAUUAUCUUCUUUAAUUUUGUCAUGGUUUAUUUAAAAAAAAAUGAAAAAAAAAAUCUCCAGUUUCAGGGACUAUAAGGACUGGAGUCAUCGGUUCCCAUUUUGUCUCUUCUCCACAUCUAUCAAGGACCCUUCACAUGAGAGACAUCACACACUUAUAGUUUAUAUGAUUAUUUUAUACUGUUCAUACAUUGUUUCUACUCAUGAUGAAGUGGUAUAAACUGAUCUGAGGGUGUUGAUGGGUACCGCGAUGGGUGCUGACCAUGGGCCAGGUCACAUUAUCUCUGGAUAAAACCAUUCCAUGAGGACCAGAGCACAAAAUGUGGAAUGGUAAUGGAGUGUUAUGUGUUAUCCUUCAAUAAAAUAGGCAAUGUGUGUGUCAUAGUGGGGUUGGCCAUGUUUGUUGGAUAUCUAUAUAUACAUAUCUUUUAAUAAAUCUUUGUCUGAGCACAGGACAGCCAGUC